AUGUCGUCCAACAGAGGUCAGCGAACGCUUGAUUCGUGGAUAAAGUCCACACCAUCAAGACCAGUUGCUUCAACACCUCAAGCAAGAGGGGCUUCAUCGAACCAGCACCCAUAUCCUCGCAGAAAUAGACAAGACGAUCCAUACAGACGCGGUGCCGCGCUCGCAGCUACAGCAAGGGAAACGCUGGAUGUCCUCCCUGGUAUCAUUUCUCAGUUGCCGAAUCUCGACCCCUCCAGAUCAGAGAAGCUUGAGAUCCACCAACUACCACCGCUUACAGCUGCCGAAUGUCCCAGGCGGACACCAUCAGGGAAAGCGAUUAUCAGGAUUUCCAACGAUGACAGCUUCAACGCGGCUAUACAACUUGCGAAUCUCAAAGGACCCGCAUCAGGUCGUGUUGCAGUGCUGAAUAUGGCAAGCCAUAUCAGCCGUGGUGGAGGAUGGUUGAAAGGAGCGCGUGCUCAAGAAGAAGCGCUAUGCUAUCGAAGCUCGUUGUAUCUUUCGCUACACAAAAGAUAUUACCCAUGGAGGCAACGCAUGGGAAUAUAUACCCCUGAUGUUGUCAUUAUCCGCUCCGACCAGGAAACUGGACACCGACUUCUCAUGCCUACUAUCCAAGCUCAGAAUUUGCCCGUCGUCAGCGUUCUCAGUAUCGCAGCCCUACGCACACCACCCGUCAGGGACAUUGUGUUGAAUACACCCAAAGGUCCUGUGACCAGUAAGACCUACGCACAUCGAGCUGAUCGCGAUCUCACCAAACUCAAGAUGAGAUUAUGCCUUCGAAUGGCAGCACGACGAAACCACGGCUUGCUUGUACUUGGUGCCUUGGGAUGCGGCGCGUUUAGAAACCCGCCGGAGGAGGUCGCUCGUUGUUGGCUGGAGGUGUUGAAGGAGCCCGAGUUCCAAGGUGGCUGGUGGGAAGAGAUUUGGUUUGCUGUGUAUGAUCGUAGAGGUGAGGGUAAUUUGGAGAUUUUUGAGGAGAUACUUGGUGAUGUCGAGGUCUAA